CUCGCAAUAGCCUACACUACAAUGGCGGACAAAAAUAAGCGAGACUGGUUUACCACCGGCGACAGCGAUGAUGAAGAGCAAGGUUAUGAUUCUGAGGUUGCUGAGAAGAGUAAGGGCAGGUCCUUCGCUGGUAGAAGCGCAAAACGACGCAAAGUCGACUCUGAUCAGUCGGAUGUCGAGAAUGACUACUCAAACGACGACGCUACAGCGAGCUUCCAAACAGCGAAAGAAUCCCCAAAUGACUCAAAGUCUACUAAAAGCGACGGAAAAGAUGUGGACAUAGCCAAAGAAGGCUCUAGGGAGGAAGAUGUGCUCAAUGUUAAGCCGAAUCUAUCAAUGAAAGACAGAGCGAAGAUUAAGAAAAAACUUGCAAAGGCCCAAGCCAAGGCUUCAAAAACGGGGGUUAUCUAUAUAUCCAGAGUUCCGCCGUUUAUGAAACCGCACACCCUUAAACAUCUUCUCCAGCCGUUCGCGCCCUCUGGCCUCGAUCGUGUUUUCCUCACACCAGAAGAUCCCGAAGCCCACAGAUCUCGCGUCAAGUCUGGUGGAAACAAGAAAAAACUCUUCCUAGACGGCUGGGUUGAAUUCAUAUCCAAACGUGAGGCCAAGCUUGCAGUUGAAACACUGAACGGCAAGAAUAUCGGCGGCAAGAAAGGAAGCUAUUAUUAUGACGAUGUAUGGAAUCUCAAGUAUCUCAAGGGGUUCAAAUGGCGGCAUUUGACUGAGCAGAUCGCGAAUGAAAAUGCAGAACGUGAGGCAAGAUUAAGGGCCGAGACCAUACGGGAAAGGAAGGAAGCCAGAGAGUUCCUACGCAACGUCGAGAAGGCAAAGAUGUUGGAUGGCAUGGAGAAAAAGAGAAAAGCAAAGAGCGGUGGAGAGAAACAAGAUCUGGAACAGCAGGCAACCGAGAGAGGGAAGAGCAAAGAUGUCAUGCACUUCAAGCAAAGCGAGAUUGUUACGAAGAAGAAGAGCAAGGAUGAGGCGCCUCCCACUGAUGCACAGAGAGUUCUGAGCAAGAUCUUUUAAGAUGAUCCAGCUUGUACACCAUUACUGAAAGCGAACUAUGAUUCUAGGCUAAAAAUAAGACAUGUCACUUUUACCGGUCUUGUGCACAC